AUAAAUAAUACUAAAAUAAAUCAAAGAAAAUAAUAAUCACACAUGACGUGGCGCAACUAUAAUUCAUGUGUCUUCCAACGUCUAAUCCUUUUUUUUUUAAUUUUUAGCCACCAAUGUAUAGCCUGCUUCAACUAUAGUCCAUACAAAAAGUCAAAGCCACCCUCGUCACCGGAAUCUUUCUAGUUUCUAGUUUCUACUCCAGAUACCCCAUGCUUCACCACUAGUACAUCCCGCAUCACCACUUGUACAUUCCACUUCUCCGAUGACCACCGUCCUCCACCACCUUAUCCUCAUCCUCUAUCUCCUCACACUUUCUAUCUCCACCAGCCACCACCACCGGUCUCUCCUCCAAAACGACACCGUUUCAUGUCCUCUAGACUUUAACUUACUCCGCCGUCUCGUCGGCUCCGACCGCCCGUCCAUCACCCCCGAAACCGCCUGCCGGUACGCUCAACAAGCUCUCCGGCUAGUCGAAUCCGAUUACCUCCUCCGUACAUCCUCCUUCGUGCCGCCGUCGAACACCGCCGAGUCGUGCUGGCAGUCAUACCAAACCGUCUCCGACUACUUUUACCCUAAUUUCGACCUCCGGCGGAACUGCGGCUUCGAAUCGAGCUGGCUCGUGGCUCCUGGAUGUAUGAACAUCACUAACCGUCAACAGUUCGAAAGCAAAAUAUCUAUAUCGACGUUAAACGCCGUCGUUUCAGCGUGUAAUCAGUCACUCGCCGGUUCUGCGUGUCCGUCGUGCACGGUGGCGCUUUCUAACCUACAGGCGUCGUAUUUGAACGGAGAAUCCAUCGGAAACCUAACUAACUGCCGCGAUUAUCCGUUCAUCUACGCCGCCGCGUUCAUCAACCGAUUCGGGCCUACCGAUAGAGAUACGGCGGUUUGCUUAUUCUCUCUAGAUAUCGAAAUCACAAAAUCAAAAAGCAAAAACAAAACUGUAAUCAUCGUAAUCGUUGUGAUAACCGUUACGAUCGGUUUAUUUGGAUCUGUAACCGGAUUUUGGUGUUAUCGGAGGAAAAAACUACGGAAAUUGAAUCGGAAACGUACCGGAAAACGUGAGAUGAAUGCGGUUUCUGCUCUGGAUUCGAUUACUGGAAGCACGACGUUGAUCAGAUACUCCAUUGAUGAUGUGAAAGAAGCUACUAGAAAUUUCUCGCGAGAUAAUAUGAUAGGUAAAGGCGGUUAUGGAAAUGUAUAUAAAGGAGUGUUGCCUGAUGGAUCUGAUGUGGCGUUGAAGCGGUUUAAAAACUGUUCUGCGGCUGGGGACGCGAGUUUCACGCACGAAGUUGAGGUGAUCGCGAGUGUUCGCCACGUGAAUUUGGUGGCGUUGCGAGGGUAUUGUACCGCCACGACAGUGUACGAAGGUUACCAACGAAUUAUUGUGACGGAUUUGGUUAAAAAUGGGAGCCUUCAUGACCAUUUGUUUGAGAAUUGUUCAGCACGGGCUAACCUGAGUUGGCCCUUGCGGAGGAAUAUCGCGUUAGGUAUGGCUCGCGGGCUGGCUUAUUUGCACUAUGGUGCCCAACCCGCGAUUAUUCAUAGAGAUAUUAAGGCUAGUAAUAUUCUUUUGGAUGAGAAUUUUGAGGCUAAAGUGGCGGAUUUUGGGCUGGCUAAGUUUGCGCCCGAGGGUGCGACGCAUGUUAGCACUCGGGUGGCGGGUACAAUGGGUUAUGUUGCCCCAGAGUACGCGUUAUACGGCCAGUUAACAGAAAGGAGUGAUGUUUAUAGCUUUGGCGUUGUGCUUUUAGAGCUUUUAAGUGGGAGAAAGGCUCUUUUAUCGGUUGAUGAUGGUCAACCGGUUCUUUUAGCCGAUUGGGCUUGGUCAAUGGUGAGGAACAAUACGCCUUUAGAAGUUAUCGAUGAUGGUAUGGCGGAUUGUGGCCCACCCGAGAUCAUGGAGAAGUAUGUGUUAGUUGCGGUUCUUUGUUCUCACCCGCAAUUAUAUGCUCGGCCUACAAUGGAUCAAGUUUUGAAAAUGUUAGAUAUGGAUUUACCGGUCCCUUCGAUACCCGAAAGGCCGAUACCACUUAUAGCCGGAAUUGAGGAUAUCGAGAGGUCCGUUAGUAGUACCGGAUCAGGUCAAUUGUCAACUCCUAGAGGAUAUCAAUCGUAUACAAUUGAGAUGGAUGCACGGUCCGCCUCCAAGGAGGCGAUCGAGGUGGAGGAAGAGAAGGAAGAAGAUGACGAUGAAAAAGCUUGUUUAUCCAGCGAAAGAUAACAUUAGACACGACUCGAGUUCUUCACUUGUAUAACUUAAAAUUUUGAUUUCGAUCUUACACACAUAUUAUUAGGUAAAUUAGGAUUUCCAGGAUGUCGUUCUCUUAUAGUAAAUUUCCACUUUGAUUUGUUAAUUGAUUGUAAAGUUAAAAGAGAGUGAAAUGGGUUUUUCAUGUAGCAAAAGUAAAGUGUAUGGAAUGUUUUGCUUUGGCACAUUGUUAAUGGAGAAAAUUUAGUGAA